AGGAUGAAAUGUUCCUUCCUCUGAUCCAGAGUAGUAGAGUCCGUUGAAGAAUUCGAUUGGGAAUAAUUUAAUCAACAUUCCCAGGACUCCCAGCAUGCAGCCUAUAACGUCGUGGAGCAAGGAGAGAGUGAGCGACUGGCUCAAAGGUCUGGACGCUCCUCUCCAGCAGUACCCCUUCAAAGAGUGGAGGGUGACGGGGUUGGACCUGCUGCAGCUCUCUUCCCAGGACCUGGAGCAGCUGGGCGUUCACAAGAUCAGCCACCAGGAGCUCAUCCUGGAGGCUGUGGAGAAGCUCUGCUCCCUGACAUACGGUAUGGGAGGGGAGACCCUGCGCAGUCUGACAGAGAACCUGUGCGUGGUGGCCCACUCCCUGAUCAUGGGCAUCCAGAUCCGCUGGAGGGUAAACACUUAUGAUGGGCAGAGCGCCACCAAGCUGCCAGCCAGCGUACUGCAGGUGGUGCUGGAGCUCAUCACCUCCGCAAAGGGCCUCUUCUCCCUGCUCAGCAGGUACCAGUUUGCCCAGCUGAGUGGUUACACGUCCAGUAGGAACAUCAUCACCUACUGUAAAGACCUGGGGACCGCAGUACACAAGGAUUCCUCAGUUUACGAGAAAGAAAAAGACAUCAUCUCCAUCUGUCGUCAGUUGGUGGCGGUGUGUGAUGAGAUUCUGUACUGCAGUCCAGAGGUGCUCCUUACCCACACUGCCCAGCUGGAGAGGGUUGACCUGGUGCCUGUCUUCGACGGCGAUCACCUGUCACCCUCGGACUUCUGUGACAAGAUAUUAGCUGGGGACGAGGUGAUCCAAGUCAAUGACCAAAUAGUGGUUGGCUGGAGCAGGAAUAACCUGUUGAAGAAACUACAGGAGAACCCCAGUGGGGUGACCCUGGUCCUCAAGAAGGUCCCCGUGUCCCUGAAUCUCAAAUACACACCCCAACAGCCCCCCUGCCCAAAGGAAGAAGAAGAAGAAGAGGAGGAAGAGGGCAAUCAGAGAUUCUCCGUAUUGGAGAGAGUAGCAGCCUCGGUUAGGUCCCUUUCAUUCAGGGCAGCGGUUCAGGGGCCAGUGGUGAGCCAGCACAUGGGCCAGGAGGAGUCGGAGCUGUCCAAUGACAGGGGAUUGGACAGCAGCCAGACAUACACCUCACACCCCCACCACCAGGGGGAGCUCUCAUACCUGUCUGCAGGAGAGACCAAUAGUUUGAAGGGGUCCAGGUUCAGCACCAGGCCCAGGGGAGAGGGCUCUGCGCCCCCCAGUAGUCCGUCCCCCCGGGUACUAGAGCUAGCCAGAGCUAGCGUCAGUUCCUGCCCUGAGAUGGGCGGACACGGGGAGGAUAAAGAACCAAAAAAGAUGUCUACAAAAGGCAAGAGUACAGCAACGAGCAGGCGCCGUGUGUCGUGUCGUGAGCUGGUUCAGCCCGACUGUGACGGCUGGCUGUGGAAGAAGAGGAAGGAGAGCAGCGUGUUCAUGACCCAGAAAUGGCAGCGCUUCUGGUUCGUCCUCAAGGGCCCCACUCUCUACUGGUAUACCAGCCAGCAGGAGGAGAAAGCAGAGGGCCUGGUUCAUAUCUCCAGCUACAAAAUAGAGAGCGCAGGAGAACACAAGAGGAAGUAUGUCUUCCAAAUGUGCCAUCAGCGCUUCCAGACUUUCUUCUUUGCCGCCGAGAAUGUCAAUGACAUGACCAAGUGGAUCAACUGUCUGAUCACAGCCAUACAGAAACACAAGAAGUUCCACAAAGGAGCACCGGACAACGAAGAGGAGUGCUACAGUGAGACGGAGUCAGAAGAUGAGGGGUCUUCUCCUUCACCACGCAGAAACAAGAUCUACACGAAAACUCUGUCCAACACACUGCCUCGGGCCAGGAAAGAGAAAGAGAAAGAGAAGGAGAAGGAGAAGGAGAAGGAGAAGGAGAAGGAGAAAGAGAAGAAAGAGAACAAGGUUCAGGUUCCCGCUCCACCCACAGGGCUCAGCAGAAGCCCAGGAGCUCCAGAGGAUGAGAUGGACGUGCUGUUCCACGGACUGAAGGAGGGCGGCGUGUCCCUGAUCGGCAGCAAGCAGCCACAGACCCAAGACCACUUCCGAAAGUCCUUCAUCCGGCGCAACAAGAACCCGGUCAUCAAUGAGAAGGCCCACACACUCCGUGCGCUCCAGAGCACACUCAAGGAUAAAGAGGCAGAGCUCCAACUCAUCAACAAGGUGCUGGAGGACUCUGAGCUGACGUCCCAGAAGUACCGACAGUGGAAAGAACAUAACAAAGACUUACAACUGGAGAUCGAGAAACUGGCUGUCCAAUGGGCUAAUGCCAAGACAAAGGACACGCCCCCUGGAUCGUCUUCUGGGGAAAUGGUGGAGGUGGUUGCCGUGGAAACAGAGGCCGCGUGUUUUCUGAGCCUUGGCGACGGGGAGAUGCUGGUAGACGCGGAGCCAUCGUUGUCAAGUACGAUGAAGGCAGCAGGCGACUCUGAUGUAGAGCCACAGUCAGAGCAGUCAGUGACUGCAGAGAGCAGCACAGACGACUUAGCUAGUCCUGCUAGCCGAGAGAAUUACUUCUACAUAUGAGACGCCACUGAACUGAUCUGAUGGUGGUUUCCCUACUUACCAUCAGAUAUGUAUGGUUAGUGCAUGGAGUUUUCAUCAACCAUAUGACCUAACCAGGGAAAACUCAUAGCUGUAGUUAUCGCUGUGAUUCAUGACUCUAGUUAUCGCUGUGAUUCAUGACUAGUUAUUGCUGUGAUUCAUGACUCUAGUUAUCGCUGUGAUUUCUUAUGGCGUUUUUCCUGGUCAGGUAAUGUGGUCAGGAUAAACACUGGGCCCUCAGGAGUUUUGUUUUAAAUAGUUUUUGACUGUUGUUGAUGUAGGAAAGACAGGGGUUGUCUUUCCAAGCCAAUUGUAUCACGCCAAACUUUCAGAAUUCAAGUUACGGUGUUCAUAUGACAAAAAAAACUAUUUUUUUCAAGUGUCCCUCUGUUGAUAGAUAUAUACUGUAGUCAUGGGAUGUUAUGGACUGUCUUUUCUACUGUUACAUAUCUUUGGCUAAGAUUUUUAAAGGAGAUUUAAAGGUAAAUUAUAUCCGUGUUGUAUGCCUCUUAUGUACAUAGAAUGUUAAAUGUCACGUAACAAAAUGUAUUGUACUUUUUUAAACGUAGAUUGUAUAUAUUUUUGCACAGAAUAAGUUCCGAUCUUGCCUGAUGGACAACAUUAUGACAUAGUUAUUAUAGAUCAAAGACAAUCAUUGUUUAUUUUAACCUGAUUAGGUUAACAUGUAAGACUGUUCCCAGACCUCUCUCUCUGUGUGUGUGUGUGUGUGUGUGUGUGUGUGUGUGUGUGUGAAAGCUUAGUUUUCCCAAUGCAUCUUGAAUAUAUUGAUUCAAUAUAUUCUGAGCAGUAAGGAUCCUCACUGGUGGCUGAGCCUGUGUCAAAUGCAGUAAAGAACAAGUGAUGAACACAUUCAUUUGCAAACAGUUUGUCAUUAGCAUAUAUAGCAUAUGAACACGUCAUAAACCAUGAAUUAUUACUUUGUGAAAUGACAGAAAAUUACAUACAUGGUCAUUCCAAAAUCAUGGGCAUCAAUAUGGA